GGGAGGGCCGCCGUGGGGCUGCCGCACGUGGGAGGGCGCUGGGAGGCCAGCAGUAGUCGCCGCCGCCGUGGCCUCAGCGAGGCCGGUUUUGGACUCACUGGCACCUGAACUACGCUGUCUGACCUCCCCAGCCCCAAGUCGAAGGACCCCCCGCCCGCCGCUGCCGCCACUGAUCUCGGCGUGCCCAUGAUCGCCCGGUGCCUUUCGGCAGUGCGAGGCCUCCACAGAGUUGGUGGUUCCAGGGUUUUACUCAGAAUGACAUUAGGAAGAGAAGUGACGUCUCCUCUUCGGGCGGUAUCUUCUUAUACUACAAAUGGCAGAAAUGUUCUAAGAUGGGAUCUUUCACCAGAGCAAAUUAGAACAAGAACUGAGGAACUAAUUGUGCAGACCAAACAGGUGUAUGAUGCUGUUGGAAUGCUCAAGAUGGAGGAAGUCACUUAUGAGAACUGCUUACAGGUGCUAGCGGAUGUGGAAGUGACGUACAUAGUGGAAAGAACCAUGCUAGACUUCCCUCAGCAUGUAUCCUGUGACAAAGAAGUACGGGCAGCAAGUACAGAAGCAGACAAGAGACUGUCUCAUUUUGAUAUUGAGAUGAGCAUGAGAGACGAUAUAUUUCAGAGAAUUGUUCAUUUACAGGAAACCUGUGAUUUGGAGAAGAUAAAGCCUGAAGCCAGACGAUACUUGGAAAAGUCAGUUAAAAUGGGAAAAAGAAAUGGACUCCAUCUUCCAGAACAAGUACAGAAUGAAAUCAAAUCGAUGAAGAAAAGAAUGAGUGAACUAUGUAUUGACUUUAACAAAAACCUCAAUGAAGAUGAUACCCUCCUUGUAUUUUCCAAGGCUGAACUUGGUGCUCUUCCUGAUGAUUUCAUUGACAGUUUAGAAAAGACAGAUGAUGACAAGUAUAAAAUUACCUUAAAAUAUCCACACUAUUUUCCUGUCAUGAAGAAAUGUUGUGUACCUGAAACCAGAAGGAGGAUGGAAAUGGCUUUUAAUACAAGAUGCAAAGAGGAAAACACGCUAAUUCUGCAGCAGCUACUCCCACUGCGGGCCCAAGUGGCCAAACUACUGGGCUAUAACACACAUGCUGACUUUGUCCUUGAAAUGAACACUGCAAAGAGCACAAGCCAUGUGACUGCCUUUCUAGACGAUUUAAGCCAGAAAUUAAAACCCUUGGGUAAGGCUGAACGAGAAUUUAUUUUGAAUUUGAAGAAAAAAGAAUGUGAAGAGAGAGGUUUUGAAUAUGAUGGGAAAAUCAAUGCCUGGGACCUACACUACUAUAUGACUCAGACGGAAGAACUCAAGUACUGCAUAAACCAAGAGUUCCUCAAAGAAUACUUCCCCAUUGAGGUAGUCACUGAAGGCUUGCUGAAUAUCUACCAGGAAUUGUUGGGACUGUCAUUUGAGCAAGUGACAAAUCCUCAUCUUUGGCAUCAAAGUGUUACACUUUACACUGUGAAAGAUAAAGCUACUGGAGACAUAUUGGGACAGUUCUACUUGGACCUCUAUCCAAGGGAAGGAAAAUAUAAUCAUGCUGCCUGCUUUGGUCUCCAGCCGGGCUGCCUUCUCCCAGAUGGGACCCGGAUGAUGUCUGUGGCUGCUCUCGUGGUGAACUUCUCACAGCCAGUGGCAGGUCGCCCCUCUCUCCUCAGGCACGAUGAAGUCAGGACUUACUUCCACGAAUUUGGUCAUGUCAUGCAUCAGAUCUGUGCACAGACUGAUUUUGCACGAUUUAGUGGAACAAAUGUGGAAACUGACUUUGUAGAGGUGCCAUCACAAAUGCUUGAAAAUUGGGUGUGGGACAUGGAUUCCCUCCGAAGAUUAUCAAAACAUUAUAAAGAUGGAAGUCCUAUUACAGAUGAUCUGCUUGAAAAGCUCGUUGCUUCUAGACUGGUCAACACAGGUCUUCUGACUCUACGCCAAAUUGUCUUGAGCAAAGUUGAUCAGUCCCUCCACACCAACACAUCACUGGAUGCUGCAAGUGAAUAUGCCAAAUAUUGCACAGAAAUUUUAGGAAUUGCAGCUACUCCAGGCACAAAUAUGCCAGCUACUUUUGGACAUUUGGCAGGGGGAUAUGAUGGCCAGUAUUAUGGAUAUCUUUGGAGUGAAGUAUUUUCCAUGGACAUGUUUUACAGCUGUUUUAAAAAAGAAGGGAUAAUGAAUCCAGAGGUUGGAAUGAAAUACAGAAACCUGAUCCUGAAACCUGGGGGAUCUCUGGACGGCAUGGAAAUGCUCCAGAAUUUCUUGAAACGUGAGCCAAACCAAAAAGCGUUCCUAAUGAGUCGAGGCCUGCAUGCUCCGUAAGCUGGAAUCUUUGGUAGCCGUCCAUGUCUGGAGGACAAGUCGACAUCACCAUGUGUUACUGGCCUGGAAACUGAAGGGAAUUUUUUGCAUAUGAAAACUUAGAUUGCUAUCGACUGCCUUUUGUUUUUCACUUUUAAAAAAUUAUACAGAUGUAAAUGGAAUUACAAAUACUGUGACCUAAGAAAAGACCCACUAGAAAAUAAUUGUACUAUAAAAUUUCAUAAAAAUGGAUUUGAUUUCUUUUGAUAAAAGCUUCAUAUGAAUGUAAUUUGAUUUUUUUACUAUUAUAAUGUAGAUAAUAUAAUGUAAGAGGGCUAAGAAUUUUUAAAUUAAAUCAUAUACAUGAUAUAAUUUGAUCCUUCUUAUAUCUUGAAGUUUUGUACUUGGGAUUUCUGGACUGAUAAAUGAAUCAUCACAUUCCUCUGGUAAAUGUUUUCUUGGAGCCCUGUGUCAACUUUGAUCUUCCGUCCUGCAGCAGGGUGUGACCUCUCUUUCACCUGCAUACCUCAAGGCCAAGAAGCAUGUGCCUCAGUAACGUGUUUGUCUUCAUAUACUGGGCCUCAUGAUUCCCAGCUUUCAGCCACACUUAAAUUAUAUUUCUCUGUUUGAGUUUGGGUUUUUUUUUCCCUGAAGUUCAGUUACAGUGUACCAAAGUUUUGUUUUGUUUUAGUUUUAACUGAACUAGCCUAAUGUAUAUUACAAGUCUUUGUAUCUUGUAUUAAAGGAUUUGUGUUACAGA